AUGCCUUCUCCCCUCGCAGAUCCCGUCAAGCUACCAUGUGGACUGGUCUUGCCGAACCGACUCAGCAAGGCCGCAAUGGCCGAGUUGAUUGCGAAAACCAACAGACCAACCAGCACCCUGCUCGAUGCCUAUGAGAAAUGGUCCGACGGUGGAUGGGGCAGCAUUCUCACAGGCAACAUCCAAGUCGACGUAAACCACAUGGGCAGCCCCUAUGACCCGGCCCUGCACAGCGAGUACAAAGACCGCGAAACGAACAGCGCACUAGUCGCAGAAUGGAAGAAAUACGCCGACGCCUGCCAGAAACAUGGCACACCGGCCAUCGCCCAGGUCUGCCACCCGGGCCGUCAAUCGUUCCGUGUUGCCGGUCGUCGCGGUUUGUUCGCCCCGACACUCGCGCCUAGCGCUGUGCCUAUGGAUGUUGGUGAUAGCUAUCUGGAGCGUCUUAUCGGGUGUCUGGCGUGGACUGCGCCGAAGGAGAUGACUACCCAAGAGGUUGAGAGGGUUAUUCAGCAGUUCGUUGAUACUGCGAGGCUUAUGGCGGAUGCUGGGUUUUCCGGGAUUGAAUUACAUGCUGCGCAUGGAUAUCUGCUCGACAAACCUCCGCACCGACGCCUACGGCGGCACCCCGAAAAGCGCGCGCGCUUCGUCCUCGAAAUCCUCACCCAAACCCGCAAAGUAGUACCCUCAACCUUCGCAAUCGGCAUCAAGCUCAACUCCGCCGACCACAGCUCCGCCACUUUUGAAGAAACAAUGACGCAAAUCAAGCUCCUCGCUGAUGCCGGCAUCGACUUCAUGGAAAUCUCCGGCGGCAGCUACGAAGACCCCCGCAUGAUGGGCUACGCCAAAGCCGACGCUGCUCCCGUGUCUGCGCGUACCGCCGCGCGCGAGGCCUUCUUCCUCGAGUUCGCGAAGGAGGUCCGGACGCGGCAUCCGGGGUUGAUCCUUAUGUUGACGGGUGGGUUCCGCACGAGGGCGGGUGCUGAGGCUGCUAUCAGGGAUAAUGCUUGUGAUCUUGUGGGGAUUGGAAGGCCGGCGGCUAUUGAUCCUAAGUUUGCGUUGAGGUUGCUUGAUGAGGGUGUUGAGGAGAUGCACGCGGGGAUGCCGUUGAAUAAGGUGCCUGUUCCGUGGUUUGCGCGCUUUUUGCCGGUGCAUCUUAUUGGGGCUGGGGCUGAGACUACGUACUAUUCGAUGCAGAUUCAGCGGUUGGCGAAGGGGAUUGCUACUAUUGCGCCUUCUUUGUAG